AUAUGCGCCGACAAUGAAACGACGCCAGAUUAAAGGAGAAAAGACGAACGAGAACGGGCUGCGACGAGCGGGUUUGGAAUGUACCCAGGACAGUGGAUGAGGGCACAGGGUGGGGGAAACGUGGCAUGGACCCAGGAGGAGCUCGCUGUGUGCAAUGGCCGGGUGAAUGACGGACACAGCAUCGAGCAAGAUGCGGUCAACCCGCACGCUUUUUGCGUCUUUGGAUGCGAAGAUAAUCAAGAGUUUGAACUCAUGGUAAGAAGAGGUUUGGGAACGAGUGCCAUUGCAGGAGGAGGCCAAACGUGUCAAUUUGUGACAUUUGAUGGUGAUGAUGAUGAUGAGGAGGAUGAUGCUGUGGAGAUGCUUGGAUGCAUGCAGGCAGGUUACAGGGCAGCAGGAAGAAGAGGUUGGACAUGGCAGGUGAAUGAGGGAGGAGGAAGCGGGUUGGAAAGAGGAGGACGGGGAUGGCGAGAAGGAUGGACAGGAGCAUGGUUGUCGGACAGGCUCGACGGGUGGGUGGAACAGGUGCAGGAAGUGGACGUGGAAGCAGAUGGUAAAUGUGGAAAAAACGGAACAGGUGUAACUGGUGGACAAUAUUGGGAACUGGUGGGAUGGUUGAGGGUUGUCCGGGAGGAUAAGGGAUCAGAGGUGGACAAGGUUGCAGGAGGUGGAACAGGCGGAGAAGGUGGAGCAGGUGGAAAAUGGGAAACAGGUGUGGUAGGUGGAAAUGGGCGAACGGGAGGAGCAAAUGCUUGGGGUGAAACAGAAGGAGAAAGGGGGGGGGGGGCGCUAAUGAGAACUGGUGCGAUAGUUGGGGGCUUGAAGGGAGGAUCAGGAGGNCUGGUGAGGGGCCGGCGGAUUAGAGGCUGUGCUGCAAAAGCAGGCGGUAUAACGGAAGCAGCUGGCACGCAGCAGGAGGUGCGAGCUCGAAAGCAGGUGCAGCAGCAGAAUGAUAUGGAGUUGUGCGCGCCGGUGCGACAGCAGCAGCACGUGGUGGUUCUGUGGGAGUUCCGAUUGCAGAGCAGGUGCAGGAUUAGGAGGAGCAGUAGGAAUGUGUGCAACAUAUGUGAAUUGAUAUUGGGGGAGGUGGAGGUCGGGCUGCUGCAGGGGGGGUUCAGCAAAUGUGGCAGAGGGGGAGGAGGUGCAGGGUCGGGAGCAGGACAAGGCACAGCGUGCCGCAUUCUGCACCUGUGCGAUAUCCUGCAUCCUGCACCACAGUGCAGUGGCAGCAGGAGCUGGAGCUUUGGAGCUUUGAUUACGGAGCAGGUGCAGCGGCAGCAGGAGCUGGAGCUCUGGAGUCCUGAUGUCGGAGGAGGCUGCGCACUCGCGCAUCCGAGGUGUGUGAAGGGGUGGCUGAGCUGUAUUAGUUCGGGCAAUGCAGCUGUGAUGACAUCUGGAACAUGGGGUAAGAAUGGGGCAAAACAGGCAUCCUCUGCCUGUAACUCCUCCUGCGUAGCGUUCAACGGUAAAGGAGUGGGUGUCAGUGGAGCCUCCGCGGCGAAAUAUCCAAAGACUGUAGUACAGAAGGAGAAACUCGCUCCUAAAGUAGAGAGGGAAGGACACGGGGCCGGGCGCCCCUCUCCAGACCGGCAUGUGAAGGAGUCACAGCCCUGUAUGGUGAGGGAAGCCCCCAAGGGUGCUCAAUGCACCAGAGGUGCUACUGGGCCCGAGAAAGUCAAAGAAGGCGAUUCUCUUGGUCACCAUCACGUCACAAAGAGAUCACGAUCAGGUCUGCCGAAUGGAACUGCUGCGGAGGGAACACAUGGGGCUUUGGGACGGAAAUCCGCCGUUUUUGGGAGAUACAAUUUAGAUGUCAAAGCAUCUGAGGUGGUUAGGGAUUGCUCAUAUGCUGUGCCGUCCUCGGAUUCAUCGUUAUCGAGUUGUGGACAAGUCUCUGCCCAUGUUGCGAGGAUGUCUGCCGAGGACGAUGUUCACAGGCCCGCGGCAGAUGCAUCACGCGAUGAGAAGAAGGUUGAGACUGCAAAAUUCAGUCAUCGGUUCAGUGAAACUUCUGCGUCAAGUGUUCCUAUCAAGAAGCGCAGGAUUCAGCUGGUGGAGGUGACGCGGUCUCCAUCACCUCCAGCGCAUGUGGCGCCUCAGAAGAAUGCCCGUGCGUCAUGUACGGGAGUGCCAUCAGCUCUUGUGGACGAAAAAGACAUUGAAAAUGGUAGUGGAGAGGAGGGAGGUAAGCCCAGCGGUCAGCAGGAACAUAAUCUCCAAGCUGGUGAGGGAGGUAUGGCAGUGCGGCAAGGUCAUGUGGUUUGCAGGGCGGAGAAGUGUAAAUCAAUCGUCGAGGACGGGCCUACUUCAAUUCCAAGCUCAUUGUGCAACGUGAGUGUGGUGGCAGAUGGCGAAUCUUCCAGGUGUGAGAGAAAAGCAGGCAAGGAGGGAUGCAAGAACAAAGAGGGAAGAAGUGAAGUGGCAGAAAAGGCAGAUGUGGAGCCCUCUAGCAGUUGGGGGGAACAGGGUUGGUGUGGUCGUGGCCGAAAGAGGGUGAAAAGAACUGAAACAGGAUCGUUAGCUGCACAGGAAGCCUCGGAGAAGGUUGCAGAAGAUCUCCGCAACAGUGUAAGAGGGGAUUCAUGCCUCAUGGAUCGGGGUCGGGACGAGUCGAAGAGCCACAGCGAGUUCAAAGUACGGAUCAAUAUGAAGCUGCUGAGGGAAGGGAAAAGAGAUACAAAAAAUGGGCGGUGGAGGAGUGGGGAGGAGGAAUCACGAGCCGAAGAAGUGGCCAUGAGGUGUUCUCGAACUGUUGGUAAUGACAGGGAGGGCCAAAUUGCUUCAGCGGAAACAACGGAGAGCAAGCUAGCAUACGGAGAGGCGAUGACUGCCCUCACGGUUGCCGAAAGCAGUGUGGCUGCAGGGGUGGAGGACAGUCCACAAGUUGGGUCAGAAGGGCGGGAGAGUGGUGGUGUUUUGGAGCGGCAAUCUGCUGGACACAGCCGGCUGAUGCAGUCCAUUACAUGUGCACACAGUGAGGGUAGUAGAAAACGAGAGGGGAGUGCUGAACGGCCAGCGAGUGGAAUGGAAGAUGCACCGGCGGGAAAUAGGGGGGGGCUGAUAUGCCGACGAUGUGAGGGGAGUCUUAGCAGCGACUACAGCUGCAAGAAUGACCUCUCUGCAAAGGGAGGAACACGAAAUGAAAGUGUGAGUAGCGACAUGGCAGCGGAGAUUGCAUCUUGGGAACGUCAGGUUGUGGAGAGAGAGCUCCCAAUAGUAAAGGAGGGUUGUGGCAAGGAGACGGAACAGGAGGCGGGCGAGUCGGAGGUCGAGGCUGUGGACGGGGCUGGGCUGGGAGCUGCAAGUUUGAGGUCGCCCAGAUCAGAAAGUGUGGAUUCACUGCGGGCAGAAUCCGGUGUACAUAGGGGGCAAGGAGAGGGGGUAGGAGAUCAAACAGCCCGGGCUGUAAAUCCUGAAAUAAAGCGAGGACCAUCUGCGACAGGAACUGGACAUGGAUUAGAUGGGGCAGGAGGAGCAGCUGAGGAGAAGGCGGGGGAGUCCGGUGCCAAUGUGAUGGAGGUCAUGGAUGAUGGUGCGGGCAAAGCAUUCCUGCUAUGUCAGAGGGCGGAUCCCCACGACAUACAUUCCCUGGAGCUCGAUGAUGAUAUGGGGGAUCGAGAGAUGAUCCAAAUCAUGGAGGGGGAAAGAGAUUCGGGUGGAACCUCGGAAGAUUUUGUAGUUGGUGAUGCUGAAGAAGACGGCCACGAGCUCCUUGAGGAAGAAGAGGUGAUGGAUGUGCUUGUUUCGGAUGAUUAUGUAGAUACUAUAGAGAAGGUGGAGGAUGUGACCAACGCCGCCAUGGAGACAGGCGGGGAGAAGGGGAACGAACUUGUUGCUCAGGGUGGAGGGAUCAACUGCGUCAAUGCAAUUGAAGAGGGAUGUGGGAGUGAGGCUGUCAAGCUGGGCAGGUCGGAAAAGAGGAGACUUGGCGCAGACUGUACCCUUGGCGAUGGAAGUGAUAUCAUGGUUGGCCGAGACGCGGGGAGUGUGGAGACCAAUGGUAAAGGAGGUGGGAGCGUUAAGGAGUGCCAGUGGGAGUUAUGUGUGGAGAUGAAGAAUGACAGGGGCAAUGGAAUAAGAAAUGGGGAAAGCGCAGAAGUGAAGACGAGGAAGAGGGAGGGAAGUAUGGGACGAGAAGAUUGGCAUGCUGCAAACGCAGAGGAGAUCAAAGCUGGUCGGGACAGAGUGGCGUUGAACCCAACGAAGGGAAAGUCUUGGAGCUUGGAUGACAGUGAUGGGAGCGCAGAGCAUGGGAGCCAGGUGUGUGAUGAGAGCACUGUGUCUCUUGCUGAGACGAGGAACGACGAGGUAACCCGUGAUAGAGAGAUUUGCCGUGAGAGUACUGCCGCAACUGCCUCCGGAGAGGGCGGGGAAAGUUCUACAAAGGGCCCUGAUAGUGCAAGGAUUAAGUCAACAGGGUGGGAUAAGCUGCCUGAAGGUUUUGAAGGGCGGCCAGAAGAGGCUUUAAAGUUGAUGAGUGCAUCUAUGAGGCGCAGAGGUGGAAGCAGCGGAUGGUGUGCUACGUGGGGUGGUGUGGGAAGGGGCGGCAUUGGUGGAGCAGAGAGGUCGGCGGUAGGAUUGUCGGGUCUCAGGGUAGGCACAGCUGGAACUGGGGGCAGAGGAGGUGGUCGAGGGAGCUUGCGAGCUAGCCUGAUGGAGAGGCUGGAUGCUGGCACUGCAGAGGGGAGAGUCGAAGGAAGAGCAAGAAGCUUGCACACUGCGAGGAUCGAGUUGUGCGACCGUCAGAUCCCGAUCCCGAUCCCUCGAGAGAAACGACUCACAUGUCUGGAGAGAGGACCUGACAUUGUUACAGUGAGCAAUGCGAUUGACCCGAGCGGUGCUGUUCCUAGUAGCGAGGAGUUUGUUUAUUAUUCUGGUGAGGAUGCUGAGAGGUGGCGCAGCGUGCUGCCUGUUCUCGGGCAAGCAAGCAAGCAAGCAAGCUCUUGCAAGCAAGCAAGCAAGGAAGCAAGCGAGUAGGGAUCUCUCCCUGUAUUUGAUGGAAAGCCUAUUUACAUUGUGCGCAUCCUGUGACGAUCUAGCAUCUUGCUUAAGCUGUCUUUCUGCCGUGGCCUGCUCCGCUGACAGCAUGGUUGGACAGUUCAUGAAGGAGUGAGUGACUUGUAUGGGAUGAUUGCUCUCUGGGCCUAAUCUCGCCUUAUUUAUUGGAAUUAUACCGCUGCAUUCCAUAAGGGACAUAUGGACUUCGUCAACUUUUGACGCAUGCUUGGGAUCCCGGAGUCACCGGUCGCAAAGAUCGUCGCACCGAAUGCUGUAUAUGUAUAUCAGUCUUCUUCCCCGGCCGCAGGUGUCCUUCCUUCCUGCCAACCCCGAAUAGAGCCUGCGCUGCGCUCGCCGCUUGCCCCCUCUUGCUGUCAACCACCACCUUGCCUUUUUUGUGCUGUGCUGGGCCAUAUCAUGCACCCACCUUUGCCAUGUGCAAGUGCCGGGAGCGACACUGAAAGAGGCGGCAACGCCGGCAAGGUCCUAUCUGGUGCCAGAGUCUGAAAUCGCCAUCCCAUCCCUCACGUUCGUUGCAUGAGCUGUUGUACCAGCAUCCUAAUCUCAGCAGGAGUGAGGUGUGCCGGUGAAUUGGAUCUGAAUGGAGGGAGGGGAUUUGCUUGCUUUGGGCAGUCAUGAUGGGGGGUAGCCCUUCCUUCGAGGGUGUGGCUUCUUCCGUUUUGAACACUGUGCACUAUCCGGGGACAAAACUUCCUUCGAGGGUGUGGCUUCUUCCGUUUUGAACANUCCGUUUUGAACACUGUGCACUAUCCGGGGACAAAACUUCCUUCGAGGGUGUGGCUUCUUCCGUUUUGAACACUGUGCACUAUCCGGGGACAAAAUGAAAUAAAAUGCGCGCG